AUGGAGAAUGCUGUGUCGAGGACUGCAUAUCCCUGGUGGUGCAAACGGAUGCAAACGACUCGCAAACGGCUAGAAGCAAACUGCGCUCUGAGGAUGUGCUUCAACGCAGCUCACCUGGAGCUGGUCACCGCAGUGGGUGACCUGCCACCCGAGGCGCUCUUUCCGCCUUUUUGCCUUUCUGCGAUGUGUUUUCUUGUGAAGGAGCCAGAGAUUGCUCCUGAGAAUCAGGCGCACUUAGCGCUUGUUUGCUUGGGCACGCACAAAUUGCAGAGCUCCGGCGCCAGGAUGUGCAGAUCUCUGGGCUUGGCCAUCAUGAUGGUCGGUUUCACACUCGGCUUGGCGCUGCACAUGCCAUUUCAAGAGCUGCUCUUGAAGCGGUGGCAGGUUGUGUACGGUGGUCUCAGCAGACGACAGGCAGCCGAUUAUGCGGGUGAAGUUCGUGGACUGCCAGAUACGGGCCCUCCGCUGUCGUCCAAGGCUUCGUCCGUGGAUGCUUCUGUGGAGAGGGUGGGCAUCAAGGGCGAGGGUGGCAUAAAGGUCGGGGACCAGGUGAUCAUUCUGGCACCGCCACACCACAAAGGAAAGGCGGGGUUGUGGCGCUUAAAUCCUGAAUAA